CGAAUCUUUUUUUAUAACUCGCAUUGAAUGUGCAUCACGGUGUGCUGCAGAUGAAAAGGGCGAGCAAGCGCCCCUCCGAGUGGCUGAAAUUGCUCUGUAGGGAAUGGGCAGAGACCGACGUAAACCUAGAGUUGAUCGAGACCGUGGACGAUAAAUUCGAAUCCUACAAGCCAUACAUGAAGGGAAAACUUUCGAGCCAACUUCUCUGUCGUCUCUGCAUUCCCUCGGACGGCGAUCGAAAAGAAGUUGGGGAAGCCACCAACAAACCAGACUUUUUGAAGAACGUUCUCGGUAUAGAAGACGACUUUGACAGAGCUUACGUGAUUGCACAAGUCGAACGAUUCUGUGAUUUUUACGAUAUCCGUGGGAUCCGUCAACAGGCCGAAGCGCCGGUUGCGGGGGCAAACGCCAGUGCCGUUGUUAACAAUAACAACAACAGCAACAACAACAAUCGCUUCGUCGUUCCCAACAACGAGGCAACAGCUGCUGCGGCCGCCGCCCUCUACGGUGACAUUGCAAGCCUCACGGACGUUCACCAGCAGGCGAUUGCGGCAGCAGCGGCAGCCACUGCCGCCAACCACCACCUCCCACACCAGUUUUUGACGGCCGAUGCAACCGCGGCAGCCGUAGCGGCCGCGCAGCAAGCCGUCCAGCAACAAGACGGGGAAAGCCAACACCACAAAUCGUCGGCUACGAAACACUCGCACACUGGAAACGGAUCCGAUGGUUCUUCCGCUGGGGCUGCCUCGAGUGGUGCCAUGGCCUUUGCUUCCAACCAACAACACACCAACAAGACGGCCCAGGCCCUCCUGACCAAGGCGCAGCAGCAGGCCAAGUCGGCCGAACGGGCCCUCGAGCACGAGCGCCGCCAGAACGCCAAGCGGGAGCAGCGCCGCCUCUCGCAGGACAAGAAACUGGCGCGGCAGCGCGAUCGGGAGUUUCUACAGAAGCAAAAGCAGGCGGAGAAGCUGGCGCGCGAAAGGGCUCGGGAGGAAAAGAGGACCCGCAAGCUCCUACAGAGGCAGGAACGGGAACGUUUUGCCCAGGAACAAAAGGAGGCCGCUCUUCGAAGGGCCGCGGACCUCGUGGCCUCUAACAGGGUUCCGAUCGAAAUCACCAGGGCGGGGGGGCGAGGACGGGGCCGAAAAUCCAGCGUGGUUCCAAGGAUCAAGUCCAAACCGGGAAGCGGCGGUGAAGGCAACGAAAUGGUGAAAUCCUCCACCGCCCACAACGAUGGAAAUGGUGCCAACCAUUCCAACGGCAGCAACUUAGCGGCGAACGCUGCAGUCGGCCCAAAGAAACGCCAGCGUUCUGCUAUUAUCGUUUCGACGGCGUCCGACUUGGAUCGGAUCGUUACCCACUCUCAAAACUUGUGGGCCAAAUACAACGCUAUUGCCAAGGAACACAACCAAAGGGUGAACUGGAUCACCGUUGCCAAGGAUUUGGGAAUCCACGUGAAGGUUAGAGAAAAAUAUGCACGGAUGCACUCUAGGGCCUGUCAGCGGAACUUCGACUUUGUUGCGAACGGGCACUGGAAAAUCAAGGACCAUCCAGAAAUCUUCCAGGAACCGACUCCGGCAGAGCAGAAGGCUCGAAUGCCUCCGCCCUUGCCACCACCGGUACAAGAGGAUGAGCGAUCACCGGAAGCUGAUCACCAGGCUUUGGGAGCGCAAUCGGUGGCGAUUGUCGAAGAACAUCUUGAGAAGGAGGUAUUGCAACUGAGCAACAACAAUACUAGUGAAAACACGAUGGGAUUGACCAAUGACCAAAACGAGAAUGCAGUUGCUACGAGUAUUGUGAAUGACAACAAUGCUAGGAUCAUUUCGAACGAAAACAAAGUCGCAGCUGUAAGUGGGCACGGGAGUGAAGGGGAAGCGCCCGUGUGUGUAAAGGAAGAAGGUGUCGUCGGGAGGAAUACCAUCACCAAUGUUGUAGUAGGGAACACAAACGGACAACCCACAACGAGUUCCAGUGCUGUUGGUACCGCUCCUUCCCCUAUUCCUCCUCCCCAUGAUCCUUUGGACGCAGCAGCUGCGGCAGCUACGGCAGCUGCUGUGGUGGAUGCCGCAGGAGUGGGUGGAGCGGCCAUUGAUAUGCACCACGUGGCGGCAGUAGCAGCAGCCACCGCAGAAGGAGCGGGUUCCGCCGCUGCUGCAACAGCGGUAACAGUCGGGGGAAGUGAAGACGUCGUUGUCGGAUAUGGUAUAUGACGCAUACCUGCAGCUACAUUGUAUUUUAUUUGUAUGCUGCACAGAAUCAAGCCUAGCCUUCCUCCAUCAGAGAAAAACAAGUGUUAUGAAUUAAAUCAACCAACUUGUG